CGCCGUCGCGGCCCCGCGCGUUGCCAGGGAGACCCGCGAGCGCUGCGGGGCUGGCCGAGACUCGGGGCCGCGGGAGCCCUGGCGCCAUGUCUUUCCGCGACCUCCGCAACUUUACGGAGAUGAUGAGAGCCUUGGGAUAUCCUCGACACAUUUCUAUGGAAAAUUUUCGGACGCCGAACUUUGGGCUUGUCUCGGAAGUGCUGCUUUGGCUUGUAAGAAGGUAUGAACCACAAACUGAUAUCCCUUCUGAUGUUGAGACGGAACAAGACCGAGUUUUCUUCAUUAAGGCAAUUGCUCAGUUUAUGGCCACCAAGGCACAUAUCAAACUCAAUACUAAGAAACUUUAUCAAGCUGAUGGCUAUGCAGUGAAAGAGCUUCUGAAAGUCACCUCUGUCCUUUACAACGCCAUGAAGAGCAAAGGGGUGCAGGGCUCUGAACUAGAAGAAGAAGACGUCAGCAAAUUCAAGUUUGAUCUGGGCUCAAAGAUUGCAGAUUUGAAAGCAGCUCGGCAGCUGGCUUCUGAAAUCACGUCGAAAGGAGCCUCUCUGUACGACCUCCUGGGCAAGGAGGUUGAGCUGAGGGAAUUGAGAACAGAAGCAAUCGCUAGACCUCUAGAAAUAAACGAGACUGAAAAAGUGAUGAGAAUUGCAAUCAAAGAUAUUUUGGCACAGGUGCAGAAGACAAAAGACCUGCUCAAUAACGUGGCCUCGGAUGAAGCUAACCUAGAAGCCAAAAUUGAAAAGAGAAAAUUAGAACUAGAGAGAAAUCGGAAGCGGCUCCAGACACUACAGAGCGUCAGGCCAGCCUUUAUGGAUGAAUAUGAGAAGAUUGAGGAGGAAUUGCAGAAACAGUAUGACAUUUAUCUGGAGAAGUUUCGCAAUUUGACUUACCUGGAACAGCAGCUUGAGGAUCAUCACAGGCUGGAGCAGGAGAGGUUUGAGGAAGCGGAAAACACACUUCGCUUGAUGCAGAACAAGCUGAAGGAAGAGGAGAAGCGGCUACUCAAGAGUGGAAGUAAUGAUGACUCAGACAUUGACAUCCAGGAGAACGAUGAGUCUGACAGUGAACUGGAAGAGAGGCGGCCGUCCAAGCCACGGACAGCCAUGGAGAUGCUCAUGCAAGGAAGACCAAGCAAGCGCAUCGUGGGCACAAUGCAGGGCGGAGACUCAGAUGAUGAUGCGGGAGCAGCACCAGCUCUCUUAGGUAAACCCAAGGCUUCCAGCUCCAACAAGAAGGAAGACUCGGAGGACAGUGAAAUUGACAUGGAAGAUGAAGAAGAUGAUGACGAUGAUUUGGAAGAUGAGAGUAUUGCUCUCACACCAGCUAAGCCCAGUCGAAGGGUCCGGAAGCCUGAGCCCCUGGAUGAAAGUGACAAUGACUUCUGACUUUCCCAAGGGACUAGACAGAUUUAAACCUCAGAUCCGUAGGUAAAAGGGACCCAUAGAAGAUUAGGAAGGAAGUAUUUGUUCACAGAGCCAGCUGGAUUCAAUGAAGCAAUACCUGUUUCCGCUUUAGCAUCCUGCGUGUUACUGCACAAAGCUUAAAUAAGAACUGAAGCAUGCCCCAAAGAACUGGGGGUGCAGGUGGGUGGGAGGACUUUGUUGGGGACUGGGGUCUUCUUAGUGAUUCACAUCUGUAAAGGAAAAACCUGAAGGGGUCUUCAAGCCAUCCCAUGUACCAAGUUUGCUCUGAGAGGAAGGUGCAGUAGGACAGAUAGACAGGUUGCUGGGCACAGGGCUGCUGGAGUCUAGGCGCACAUCUGUCUGCUGGCCAGGUGCAUUCUGCUUUAACAUGGACUGUGUGUUUGCCUCCGACUUCAGCCUUUCCCAGCUCUAUUUCCUUUUGUUCUACAUGCUUUGCAAUACCAAGCUUAAUGCAUUUUAUUAACAGAUGUUCUAAAAGAAGUUUUGCUAAGUUGGAUAAAAACCAGCUGGCAGCAGAGGGUGGUUGGGAAGGCUCCUUUUCUUUCCAGAGACUGAUAUUCCUCAGGAAGGAGUAUAUUAAGGAGAACGUGUCAGUGUGGGUUUGUUGGGUUUGUGUAUCUGAGUUUUUAAAUCAAAGUCAGAGGGGCUGGAGAGAUAGCACAGCGGGUAGGGCCUUUGCCUUGCAUGCAGCCGACUAGGGUUCAAUUCUCAGCAUCCCAUAUGGUCCCCUGAGCACGACCAGGGGUAACUCCUGAGUGCAGAGCCAGGAGUAACCCUUGUGCGUCACCGGGUGUGACCCAAAAAGCAAAAAAAUCAAUAAAUCAAAGUCAGAAUUCCAUUGAGCCAGGAGUCAUCGGAAUCCCCACAGCAAUGAGAGGUGGUGGUUGAUUGUUCUGCAGUGUAGAGCAUGCAUAUAUGUUUUCUUUAUUUCACAAGGACAAAAUCAAGACUCCUGAGGUUCCUUACCUCUAAAUAUAUGUAGUUUAUAUUACAAUUUUAUUUUUAUUAAAUAAGUUUUAUUGGAAAGUAUAAUUUUAUUUGUACCUGUAACAUGAUCAUCCAAGAAAGGUUCAAGUGUGCAUCUUCGGCGCUCACACGAGAGGGCUUUUCCUCACCUAUGCGGCCUUUCUCCAUCAUCUCCCCAAUUGUGAUUCUGCAUUCAGUUCCCCCAUCUCAUGAGGCUGCAGGUUUUGCUCAGGGAGUCGUGAGAGACACAAGUGUGAUAACCCUCCCUCACUGCCUCUGCAGGCACUGCAUCUUCUUGGGCAUCCAUCGUAGCUGUGAUUUACUGCGUCCAACUUGCUUUAUACUUUAAAAGAACAGACAAGGUCUUGUUUU